UGGCCAUUCGUGUUGAGCCAACGUCGCCUGGAGCGUAAAGGAGACAGGGGAGCCAAGGCAGAGCCUAGCUGAGAACAGAGGAACAGAGAAGGGGAGGGAGGGAGGGAGGCAAGCUAGGACGAAUGGAGGGAGAGCAGGAAAUGGGACAGUCCAAGUUCAAAAGGAUAUGCGUUUUCUGUGGCAGCAGCCAGGGGAAGAAGAGCAGCUACCAGGAUGCCGCCGUGGAGCUCGGCAAGGAAUUGGUGUCAAGGAACAUUGAUCUGGUUUAUGGUGGGGGCAGUGUCGGUCUGAUGGGUUUGGUUUCCCAAGCCGUUCAUGAUGGCGGGAGGCAUGUCAUUGGGGUCAUACCUAAGACUCUCAUGCCCCGAGAGAUAACUGGAGAAACUGUAGGAGAAGUGAAGGCAGUUGCAGAUAUGCACCAAAGGAAGGCAGAGAUGGCUAGACAGUCUGAUGCCUUCAUAGCUUUACCUGGAGGAUAUGGUACUCUUGAAGAACUGCUUGAAGUGAUAACAUGGGCUCAACUAGGCAUACAUGAUAAGCCGGUGGGAUUGUUGAAUGUGGAUGGAUACUACAACUCUUUACUAACUUUCAUUGACAAAGCAGUAGAGGAAGGUUUCAUUAGCCCAGGUGCUCGUCAUAUCAUUGUAUCUGCUCCAACAGCAAAGGAAUUGGUGAAGAAGUUAGAGGAGUACUUCCCUUGCCACGAAAGUCGCUUCCAAGCUGAACUGGGAGAUGGAACAGCUAGGAUAUUCCUCAAAACGUGAGAUUUCUAGGUAGGAAGGAAGGCCAGGUAUUCCAGGGUUAGGAGACAUGGGACGUCGAACCACAUUUUCGCAGGCGGGAGGUUCGAAUUGGAAAAUUGUCUGCCGUGAAGAAAUGCUUGGAGAUUCUUUUCUUGUAAAUUGUCAGAAAGGGCCUAAAUAGAUAAAACUAAACUUACUUGUUCUUUGAUGGAAUUUAUGGUUUUUCUGUUUCCAAACAGUAGAAAAAA